UGGAUAAUAGAAUAGAACCGCUGUGUGCAAGCUCCGGACCGUCAGGAUAAGAAAACAGCGCGGCGGCAGGCAGCUCCUCCUGCGACUGCGAGCGCCCGUCCAUGGCGUCCAUCUCCCCUUCCCUCCAUCACCCUUGCAAUUCUAGAACUGGCUUCCUUGGAAAGACACACGGGACUCGUCCUCGUCUUUUCUCUGCUGGAAGAGUUGGAUUUGUCAGAACACUAGUGGAGUGCAAGGAAUCUAGAAUUGGAAAGCAGCCCAUUGAAGUCCCACCGAAUGUUACUCUCACAUUAGAAGAGCAGUUUGUCAAAGCUAAGGGCCCACUAGGGGAAUUAUCUCUCAGCUUCCCAGGUGAUGUGAAGAUUGUGAAAGAAGAAUCCGGUAACCUGAGAGUUUAUAAGACUGCAGAGACCAAGCGGGCGAACCAGAUGCACGGUCUUUUCAGGUCCUCUAAGCAAAAACACCUUCGGCAAGGCCAUAUGCAAGCAGGCACAACACGAAGAACAUUGACAGACAACAUCAUCGUUGGUGUGUCGAAAGGAUUCGAUAAGAAGCUUCAGCUAGUGGGCGUCGGGUAUCGUGCGGCGGUGGAGGGCAACGAUCUCGUGAUGAACCUGGGAUUCUCCCACCCUGUUCGGAUGGCCAUUCCUGAAGGCCUGGCGGUCAAGGUGGAGGAGAACACAAGGAUCACCGUGAGCGGCUAUGACAAGAGCGCGAUCGGUCAGUUUGCUGCUACCAUAAAGAAGUGGAGGCCACCUGAGCCAUACAAGGGAAAGGGUAUCAGAUAUAUGGAUGAAGUUGUCCGAAGGAAGGAAGGAAAAGCCGGAAAGAAGAAAUAGAAAGUGUUUUUUUGCCCUCUCCUUACUUCAUUUCAUUUUUCCCACUGUAAUGAUCUUCGUUUGCUAAGGCUGAACCUAAGAAAUAUAUUGUUCUGUGCUGAUCAUGGCAUAUAGAUGUAUACUUUGAGCACCCCAUUGUUUCAUAAUUUCAUUGUUUUUCAAGGUAUU